GAUGCGCGGGGGCGGGGCCUCGCGCUCGGCUCUCGCGAGCUGUCAAGGUUGAAAGGAGUGGAAAAUGGCGUCUCGCGAGCCAGGCAGUUCUGCGCGCUCGAUACCUUGGGUUGCUACCCUGCUCCUGGCUGUGGGCGUGGAGAGGGCCCUGGCUCUACCUGAGAUAUGCACCCAGUGUCCAGGAGGUGUGCAGAACACGUCCAGAGUAGCCAUUUACUGUGAGAAUACGUCGGAGUCAAUGCAAGCUCGAUGCUGCCUGAAUCAGAAGGGCACCAUCUUGGGGCUAGAUCUCCAGAACUGUUCCCUGAAGGAUCCUGGUCCAAACUUUUUUCAUGCUUCAACUGCUGUUAUCAUAGACCUUCAAGCAAAUCCUCUCAAGGAAGACUUGACCAACACCUUCCGUGGCUUUACCCAGCUCCAGACUCUGAUAUUACCACUAGAUGUCACCUGUCCUGGAGGCAUUAAUGCCUGGGAAAGUAUUACCUCUUUUACGGACAAGCAAAUUUGCCAAGGGCAGAAGGACCUUUGCAAUAGCACUGGAAGCCCAGAAAUGUGUCCUGAGAAUGGAUCUUGUGCACCAGAAGGUCCUGGUCUUUCGCAGUGCAUUUGUGCUGAUGGUUUUCACGGAUACAAGUGUAUGAGGCAGGGUUCCUUUUCACUACUUAUGUUCUUUGGCAUUCUGGGAUCCACCACGCUAGCCAUCUCUGUUCUACUUUGGGGAACCCAGCGCCGAAAGGCCAAGGCUUCAUGAACCACACAGGGCUUCCUGCUCACCUGAGAUCACCCUGAUCGUGACAAACAGGACUGGCCAGGGGGCGGAUCCUGCUCAAAGCUGAAGCGGCCAUUGAUAAUGAAGGAAGGUGUCAAAUUGCACCACCUCGGCGUGAUGGACCCUCGGUUCAGGAAUGGACGAGUACUUGUUUGUAUUAUUGACUACAAUAAACACUUUCUUCCCCAUUGUUUUAGGGACUAGCG